AUGCAGCCGCUUGAGGCCACGCAUCUCUUCACGUUUGGACUUCCUUCGUCGCCUGUUUCUCUCUCUUUGGAAAGCUUGGUCCUCCAAUACCUUGAGCAAGCUUCUCAGAGUGUAGAGCAAGCGGAGAUACUGUCUCCCUUGUCGUCUAAGCCAACAUGCUCAUCCUCGCCUGAUGAUGCCGCUGCCUUGUUGACGGAAAUGGGCGACUAUUUGACCCGGACUGCCAUGAUAUGGGCCUACCUAAUUGAAUAUCUUAUCAAAGGGUCUCAUAUCGACCAUGUCACUCUACAAAUUCUCGAAAACUCUCGAGCCAAGACAAAUGUUGCAGAUCUGUCAGAGGCCGCUUCGCUGGACAUGACUCUUGGCCGCCUCCGCAAGAUGCGUGAUUUGGCGUCGCAGCACUCUAAAGAUAUUCAAACCAUAUGGAAGCUUGGAAGCCACCGGAAGGCCAGUCUAUCAUGUCUGGUUGACCCCCAACCGCCUUCAUCGUUACACAGCAAAGCCCCGUCCGCAGUUUCAUCGGCAACCCCAUCAGAGUCUUACUCAAUGCCAGAAGGGUUUAAGAGUACAUCGCAUACAGCCGAACGUCAUAAGCAGAUUGCCGACGCGGUAGCUUUGCUGAAAGAUGGACCAACAACAGUUGGAAGACCAGCACAUGCCCCAUUGCCCUCGCUGCCGCUCUUACCACCAGGCUCAUCACUCGAUUUGCCGCCGAUACGACCUCCACAGCCAUCGGUAUCUACUCCACUCACAUCAUCGCCGCCGCAGCAACAGGUGCAACGACAAGAACAACUGCAGCGACAAGAACAGCUUCAGCGACUAGAACAACUGCAACGACAAGAGCAACUAAAACAACAAGAGCAAGAGAAGCAGCAGAAGCAGAAGCAGAAGCAGAAAUCGCAGCAGCCACAGCAGCAGCAAAAGGUGCAAAAGGUGCAGCAACAGAGAGUGCAACAACAGAAGCAAAAGCAAGCAAUAAUGGCAUCAACCCGCAUAUUCCUUGCAAAAGAAGGACCAGGUUCAGGAGCACGGGCAAGGUCGAUACUCAGAAAGCUAGUACCCUUGAUGCCAGCUCCGAGAAGACCACUGGUUAAGAAGGCAAUGCCGAAAAAGUCUGGCCCAAGGCCUGUGAGGAUAUUAACGCCAAUAGUGGCUCCAGCUCCUCCUCCUCCGCCGCCACCACCUCCACCAGUCCUGACUCCUCCUCCCCCUCAAUGCCGGCCUCCUCCUCGCUCAGCAGAAGAGAUAGCGAUGGCUGCAUCAGCCUCGGCAGCAUUGGAAAACAUCAUUGAGGAAGCGGCGGAUGAAGAAGACUCGGAUGACUAUUCUGACGACGGCUUGUUUGCGGGCAUCAACUUGAAGGCUCUGAAGCAGCGUGGCAAGGGGAAAUAUUAUUGUCCUAGAGGCCAUCGCUGCGACAAAGGCGGCGUUGAUAAGAAUGGAAAUCUGAUACUUUUCGACCGUAACUCAUCUUUUGCGCAACAUUGCAACAAACAUCGCAAGCCUUGGCGGUGCGAUGUGCCUGGAUGCCCGAAUCCUCCCAAGAAGCGCCGCUUUGCGCGCCGUGACGGACUGGAGAGGCACAAAGCCACUGUCAAGCAUUACUUUAUGGCGUAA